UUUUCACAACGACGCUGCUGUACCUUUGUCAUCAUCCUUGACAAUGUUCCUUCUGCCCACAGCUGAACUUGAAACAGUCGCCACUGCAAUAGUUUUAGUAACGGCUAUUAUCACGAUACGUUCGCCCAAUUAAGCACUCUAAUUAACUAGUCAUCUCCGUGACGUAAUCAGAAGCCGCUUUUGCGUUUUCCACAUGAAAUCGACGCCAAUGUGACAGCAAGACAGCUGCAUGCGUUGCUAUUACACAAUUUGAGGACUAUAAAACGCCUUGGCUCUCUGUCUUAUCCGUAACCAUCAAGUAUGGAUUCGGCAGUAAAUGUCGAUGUGGAAGGAGGAUUCCUGCAGAAAAUUGGAGGAUUUGGAAUAUAUCAAAAAAUUUUGUGUGUUGUGGUAGUAGGUACAAUAAAUGGACUUUGUGCUCUAUCGUUGGCUACACAGCUAUUUUCUUUAGUGACACCCGAUCACUGGUGUUGGAACUCCGACGUUGCAGCUCUUGAAGAACAGCUACCAUUAACACGCGAGAAUACCAAGAAAUUCAGUAUACCAGUAGUACCAACAGGACACCUGCCAUGGACUGCAGACGCUUCUCUAUUGUCCUUCAGCCAGUGCCAGCGCUACGAUGGAGACCUUGUGGGUGCAUAUGUCAGCUGGGUUGCUGCAAAGAAACCAGCUAGUUAUAUCCCUGUGACACCUGAAAAUGAGAAAUACCCAGUACGUGGGUGUGACCAAGGUUGGAUCUUCAAUCAUACAUUCCAUACCCUGACAAGCGAGAACAAUUGGGUGUGCAACUUCAAGUGGAAAGCAUACACACUCCACACUGCCUUCUGGUUAGGAGCCUCAGUUGGUGUAUGUGUUUGUGGUCAUAUAGCUAACAGCUGUGGAAGACGCAUUUCUCUGAUAGUGGGGAUGCUUCUAUGUUUUCUUGGAGGAGCUGCAACUUUACUAGCAUCAGGAGUUUUAUUGCUUUUCAUUUCAAGAUUUGUAGUUGGUUUAGGUCAUCUUACUACCAGCUAUUUGGCACUAUUAUUAGUUCUAGAAUUUUGCGAUGAGAAAUAUCGAGUUUUCCCACUGUUUAUUAUGAUGAUGGCUCAUACUACAGCUACAUUAAUGUCCCCUUGGAUAGCCCAUGUUGUAACAUCCUGGUGGUGGCUCACUCUAGUUCCAACAACAUUAUCAGCGACUAUAUUCAUCAUGCUAACAAGAGUUGUUCCCGAGUCUCCAUGGUGGAUGUUUAUCAAAGGUGAUCAUGAAAAUGCAGUUCAUUUACUCCAGAGUAUCGCUAAGGUCAACAGAAAAGAACCUUUAUAUCUAAAUCACAAAUCUCUGAUGGAGUGUUACAACUUCUGGGUGGGGAAUCACAGAAAUAUGAAGUUAUGCCAUUUACAGAGCAACUGCAGCAGUAGAAAUGAUCUGUUGAAGUCUGAAAAUAUGCACUGCUAUUCCUGCAGGAAACAGUUCCGCAUUAUAAAAAACAUACUAUGGGUGCUGUGUGGUUUGUGUUAUCACGGAAAUUAUUACACUUCUCUGAACUUGGUAACUACGGCUCUUGGCAGAAGAUCAAAUCCUUCAGAUAUCUUUGUCUCCUACUGGUAUGCUGCCUUGAUGGAGAUUCCAAUCUGGAUAUUGCCCUUCAUUCUACAGUCACAUAUUAAAAUUUAUCAAGUGGUACUUACAGUCUCUCUCAUGUGUGCAGCUAUUUUAAGCAUUUGCUAUGCCAUAUUACCUACAGGAUAUAUUAUAUUAAGCCUAACGCUUGGUUUAAUGACCAGAUUUGCAGUGACAGUAGCAUAUUAUACAAUGGUCCAAAGACGUUGGGAAAGGAUCAACAUUUUUGACAAAAUUUCUACAGCCAAUACAGAAAGUCCAUUGGUCUUAGCUGUUGCCAUUGUUCCUGGCAUUGUUUAUAUGGGCGAAUAUUAUUCUCAGUUACCAUCAUUAAUAUUUGGCAUAAUUGCUUCAAUCGCAGCUGUUACAUCUCUCUUUCUGCCAGAAUACAUGGUUAUAUUUAAAGAAGUUUAUCAGUAUGAUUCACUGCAAAGGCUGAGAAUAGUACUGUUUAGAAAGCACAGAAGGCCUUUUACAUCAUCAGCAGAGAACCAAAGUGAAGAUGCAAUACAUGUAGCUUCUACAGUGCCCUACAAUCCUUUGGAGUCUUCAUGACUGAAUGCAGGUUAUUUUCUGCAUAAUGGAUACAAUAUUACAAUACAUCAUAGAAAUUACAACUGUGUAAGACUACUAUGAAGAAACAAGAACAAUACUGAAACUCACAGCCCCUCCUUCAGAACCUGUAGUGGAUCGACUGUGUAAUGAAUGGCUUGAUGAAGAGUCAGUUGAAGAACUGCUCUUCCUUGAAGCCAGAGUUCCAGCAUCAAGUGCUGGAGGAUAGAGGUCAAAACUCCUCUCACCACCAAUGUGGCCUUCAUGCUCACCCCACCUGUGGUACAAGACAGAAAGCAUCUACAAUCAAUAACAUGAUCAAUAAACAAACAACCUGCUGUAUGAGAUCUGAGGUUUUUAUGAUAGUGAAAAUGUGGACUUCAUAUUGGUUAAUACCUACAAAACUACAUGGCAUCACAGCCCAGAAAACCACAAUCCACAGAUAAGAUACUUUCAUAUACAUUUUUCCUGCAAGGACUUAUUUACAGGCAGGAAUGAAUAAGAACCAAAUCACAAAUAUGAAAACAUACAGUGAUUCAGUGUAUAAAAAAGUACAUAACAUAAAGACAUAAUUCUUGUUGUGCCA